CUUUUCGUUGGCAACCUUUCCUGGAACGUUGACGAGGAGUGGCUCCGCAGCGAGUUCGAGAGCUUCGGUGAAUUGGCUGGUGCUCGCAUUGUGACUGAGCGUGACUCUGGUCGCUCUCGUGGAUUCGGCUACGUCGAGUUCACCAACAGCGCCGAUGCUGCCAAGGCCUACGCCGAGAAGAAGGACACUGAGCUCGAUGGCCGCAAGAUCAACCUUGAUUACGCCAGCGGUCGCCCAUCCAACAACGCUGCUGGUGGCCAGGACCGCGCCCAGGCUCGUGCCCGUUCUUUCGGUGACCAGGCCAGCCCUGAGAGUGACACUUUGUUCGUCGGCAACAUCCCCUUCAGCGCCAACGAGGACUCUCUGUCCGAGGUCUUCGGUGAGAAGGGUAGCAUCUUGGGCAUCCGUCUGCCUACCGACCCCGAGUCGGGCCGCCCCAAGGGUUUCGGAUACGUGCAGUUCUCGUCUGUUGAUGAGGCCCGCCAGGCCUACAACGACCUGAACGGCGUCGACAUUGACGGUCGCGCUGUCCGCCUGGACUUCAGCACUCCUCGCCAGAACAACGGCGGCGGUGGUGGUGGCUUCGGCGGUCGUGGUGGUGGCCGUGGUGGUCGCGGAGGUGGUGACCGUGGACGCGGUGGUGGCCGUGGCCGUGGCGGCUUUGGCGGACGCGGCGGCGGUGCCGGAGGCCCUCCCAACCGUGCUCGUGGUGGAAUCCCCGAGUACAAGGGCACCAAGAUCUCCUUCUAA